AUGAAAGCUUGUGAGUCUACAGCAAGAAUCUCUAUUCUAGUGAAUGGAUCACCUACUGAGGAAUUCUCCCCCCAAAGAGGCCUUAGGCAAGGUGAUCCACUCUCUCCUUUCCUAUUCAACAUAGUGUUUGAACGGCUUAACAUUCUUCUAGUUAGAGCACUUAACCUUAGUAUUCUUAAUGGUGUGGUAGUUGGGACUAAUAACGUUCUUAUUUCACAUUUGCAAUUUGCCGAUGAUUCAAUUCUCUUUUAUGAAGCUGAUUGGGAUCAAUUGGCAUCCAUUAAAAAAGUUCGCAGAUGCUUUGAAGUACUAUCGAGUCUCAAAAUUAACUACCAGAAGAGUGUUGUGUGUGGUGUUGGUGCUAACCUUGGUAGGAAAUCUACUUGGAAGCCUGUUCUUAACAAAAUCAAAUCUAGACUAUCAGGGUGGACGAGAAAAUUGCUAUCCUUUGCAGACUGCCAAGUUUGGUCUAAUGCUUCUGUAGGCCAGUUCUCUGUCUCUACUCUUUAUUCUCACAGCUCUUCUCUCCUAGUACCCCAUCUAAGAAUCUGUAAACUUGUCUGGAGUUCUGUAUUGCCCCCUAGAGUUUCGUUCUUCUAUUGGUUGGCUUGGAAAAAUAGGAUUAAACGUUCAGACUUUUUGCUCAGGAUUGGUAUUCUUGACAAUAAUGUUUCGUCUCUUUGCCCCUUCUGCAGUUCUGAAUUGGAAUCUGCUACUCAUGUCCUUCUCCAUUGCCCAUUUCCUUGGUUAAUUUGGUCUGCAGUGAUUGAAGAUUGGGGAUUUCAUUGGUGCAUUCUUAAAUCAGUUGAUGGUCUACUUACUUGGUGGAUGAGUGAUAAAUUUCAGAAGCGUGAAAGGUCAAUUUGGAGAGCCAUCCCAUUAAUUGUUCUUUGGUCUCUUUGUUAG